GGCAAAGACUUACUUUGGAGUGAAACAGCUUCCUUUCGCUGAAAAGGAGAAUGAAGCCAUUAUUUAAUAGUAAUCAUAACUGUAGGUUUCCCAAUAGUGUUAUUUGUAAGGGGUCUUAAAUUUAAAAACUUAAAAAGUAUGUGUCUGCGUUUUGGGGUUUGUGUAGUUUUUGGAAAAUAUUUUUAUAAUGAGGUUCUUCAAAUACAUUUGUAUGAUGAAUUUAAUUUAUUCCUUAGCAACAUAAUAAAAUCACUAUUGGGUAUAUUGUGGGAUUAGGGAUUCUGUUUCAGAAUAGCCAUCUGUGUUAGCAGUGAUUCUGAGUCUACAAACAGUAGAUAAAUAUGUAAUAUGGCUAAGCAGGCUGAUAAACAGGGAAGCUACCCAAGAUACAGUACAAAUAACUUCCUAAGGCAGAAUGAUAAAUCCAUACCAAGAGGGCUUUUCCAAUAGAAAAUGAAUGAAUGAAACCAUGGCUUAUUUAUUGCUUGUCUUUUUGAGACCAAUGGAACAAGAUGUUUGAGUCUUAUGUGUGCUAUAUUAAAAAUCGUGUAGUAGUGUUUCUUGUUAUGGAUGCCUAUAAUCUUGAAAGGGCAUAGCAGAUAGGUCCUUAAUAUUUUUAUUUAGAUGAGCUUGCCAGUGACAUCAUAACCAAAGGGCUUUACUCCCUCCUCCUUUGUAGUUUGAACUAUGAUGUCACCUGGCAAAUUCAGACCGCAUGAUUGGCUAUAAACAGAUAAAGUCAAGUCAAGGAGUGGGACAAGACCACAGCUGAAAACCAUUAAUCCCUGGACCAGUAGUAGAGUACCUAUUACUAAUUUACCAAGUGCAACUGACUUUUAACAGGUAAGUGCAGAUAAUACCACUCGGAGAAAUCUGCAGAACUAUAGUAUCACAACUUCAUAAUUUCAUAAUAAGCCUUGAAUGUUCUGGUGUCUCCUCAUAACAAUUACAAGAACAAAAUAUACUUGCCUACUGGGAAAGGUCAUAGCUGUAUGGGAGCAUACAUGAUUAGAAAAUGGUGAUGUCAUGCAGAUUUAUAAAAUCAUUCUGGCUUUGCAUUCUUGAGCAAGGUUUUGCAUUCAGUUGGUGACAACAGAGGCAGUGGCAAUAUGCUCUGGAGUUGGGGAAUGUUACUAUUAAUCCCUUGCCACAGACAGAUAGCUCCCUGUUGGCUUUGGCGGUCUCUGAUGUUGCAAGGAAGCAAGACCAAGGUGAAUGGCCUGUUCAGGCAUUUAAUGUUGGGUUCCAACGAAGCCUGUGGUUCUUUCUAGGACUCUAGUACAUGAUUUGACUGAGGCUUCAGUUGUUGCUUGAAAUGAGAGAGUAACUUUUGCUUGGAUUGGGUCGCACCUAUGUAACCUCUGCAUAUGGAUCCUAGAGGCCCCUUGGUUUUCAGAGGAGUUCUGGGUGACACAGCAACAUAAUAGUCACCUAGAAUGCCGCUGGGGAAAAUGAAGAGCAGAAUCAAUUGAGCCUUUCAGAGGUUCUACUUUGUGGCAAAGGCAGCAAUGCAGUUGUCAUAGAGUGCCAAGUAGUGGCCCUAUUCAGAGGUUCAGUUUCUACCCCAAUAGCAUCAGUUUCUGAGCCAGGAGACUUUGCUUGCAAUGAUAUGUCUUUUUUGAUGCACCUUUUUAAAAUGUUUUAUGUUUUUUGGUGGGUUUUUUUCCUUUUUCCUUUUGGAUUUUUUUUUAGUUCUGUAUUUUGUAUUUUAACUUUGUUUUGAAUAAAAUAAAAACAGGUUAAGAAUCUUUAUUUUUAACACAAGUUUCAAAAAUAAUAGGUGGAAAGAAUAAGUUAUUUUUCAAAGUAUUAUAAGGAUUCAGCAGACAAAUUCAUGGUCAGUUGAUCCAGGUGAAGAGGUUUAGUUUGGAUCCUGCUAUUGACAGUGCAACCUGAUACAAUUCAUUUUGAUGAAUUGUAUGUACAGUGAGAUUUACUUGUGAAUGUUAAAUAGUAGAUUGUGGACUGAACCAUUAAUGUUGCACAAAAAAGUUCACUAAUAGAUGAUCAAAUUAGCAAAUAAAACCUAUUCAGAUCUGUAUUUGUUUUAGAAAAUACAUUCAUUUUAUGAUAUGACUUUAAAUUUUAUCAGUUCUUCAGAUUGUGUUGAUUCUAUUUUCGGUAGCAGGGAUGGACUGUCUAGGACCCAAAAGCUACAUGAAAGCCAUAACAUAUGGUCCCACAGAGGUAACCAGAAUCACAGGAAAGAAGUGCAGGUACUUCUAGCAACCCUGUUCAAAGUUACUGGAUUACCUCAAUAAACAGUCAGCUACCUACACCACGGGGUUGGUUAGAAGAUUUAUAUGUUCACUCUGAACAUACCAUUGGAGGAGUAGAAGUAAUUAUUAUGUACGGUAGAUGUAAGAUUGGAGAGCCACUUUGGUGUAGUGGUGAAGGUACCAGGCUAGGGGAGAUGGUGAUUUCCAAUCCUGCUUUAGGCAUGAAGACAGCUGGUGAUUUUGGGCCAAUCACUUUCUCUCAGCUCUAGGGCCUCAAUCUGAAAAUAUUUCAGGAAAACUGCAGGGAUUAGUUUGCCACACGUAGAAUGAGUACGCAUGACAGAAUGCAAAGUAAGAAUAGGUUUGAGUGUAUAAAUUUCUGAGUCCCGUGGACUUAAUCAUAGUAUGUGCCCCUUGAGGGUCAAAAGUCCCUGUUUCACAGAUUUCUUUUUUAAUAGGGGACUGACUUGAACAUACUUGAAAAUUGUGUGAAUCAGAGCCAAGAAUAAAGUUUCCCGUUUCAAUGCAGAAGAUUGGCUUUCUUUUCCUUGAAGACAAUAUUGUAUGUCCAAUAUGCCUUGAGGUAUUCAAAGACCCAGUCACCACAGCCUGUGGGCACAACUUCUGUAUGAAUUGCUUGCACGUUUAUUGGGAACACCUAGCUCUGAUUGGGGAACAACCUUACUGCCCUCAGUGCCGGGAACCCUUCAGUUCAACACCUCAGCUUCGCAAAAAUAUAACCCUGGGAGAAAUUGCAAUGAGAUUUGCACAGGAGGAAACUCAAGAUCCACAGAAGCUGGCUAGUUUCAAGAAUGUCCCGUGCGAUUUUUGUUUCACGCGAAAGUUAAAAGCAGUCAAGUCUUGCUUGCAAUGUAUAGCUUCCCUGUGUGAUAACCAUAUCCAGUCUCACUACACAGACAAGAUUUUCAAGAACCACCAGUUGGUGGAACCUCUCAGUGACUUGAAAGGCAGCAUGUGCGUAAAACAUCGUAAGCUGCUAGAGCUAUUCUGCAAAGAGGAAGGCAAAUUUAUUUGCCAAAUAUGUGUCCAGGAAAAGCAUAAGAACCAUGAAGUCAUUUCUCUGAAGCAAGAAAGAAACAAGAAAGAAGAAAGGAUGGAAAAUUCUUCAUGGGUGUUAAGGAAAUUUUUUGCAACCACACUGAAUUCACAGAUAAAGGCGGAGAUCCAGAGAAUACAUGCCAGCAUGGAAAACCAGGUCCUGAUAUUGAUAGAAGACCAUCAGAAACAUAGAGCAAGAGUGAAUUACCUCAUGAAAGUGGUGAAGAAUACCAGAGAUGAAGUUAGUUGGGCCUUUACAGAGGUAUUAAAAGAAUUCAAGCGACUGCAGACUAAGGUGAUGGACUUCAUUGAUCAAGAGGAAAAGGCAGCUUUACUUGAUAUGGGGAAUUCUAUUCAGCGCAGACAUGAGCAACUUGCAGAUCUUAAGAAGAAGAAACUGUGGCUGACAAAUCUGAUGGAUGAUCCAAGUGACUUUCAAUUCUUGCAGGACUUCCCAAAAAUAAAGGCCAUAUCUGAUUGCUCAGAAGCUUUGAUUGGAUUGAAAUGUGAGGAACUAAGCAGUUUUGUGGGGAUUAAACAGACACUGAGUGAUUUGAAAUCCCAACUCUCAAUGAUUGGACUUUGCUUCAUCAAUAAAAUCCUUCAGAAGGACUAUUGUAUCCUGAAUUUUGAUGCCACCACUGCCAACGAAGAGCUCUUCCUGUUUAAAGAGACUCACUCUGUGCUGAACAUGGGGAUUUUGUUGGAAACCUAUUCAAAACCCACCCCUGGAUUUAACCACUGGCCCCAACUGCUUGGUACCCGCAGCCUCUGUGAGGGCUGCCAUUAUUGGGAGGCUGAGAUUUCAAACGGCUGGCUGUGCCUGGGUGUUGCCUACAGCUACCGGCAUAGGAUCGAAAAAUCGUGCAUGUUGUAUCUGAUUGGCAGGAAUAAUUAUUCAUGGUGCUUGGAGUGGGACUCAGUGAAUUUCUCUGUCUGGCAUAAUAAUAUCCAGACUAUGCUGCGUGGUGACUACUACAAGACCAUUGGGGUUUUCCUGGACUAUGCUGCAGGCUCCCUGACUUUCUACGGCAUCACCAGUUCCAUAAACCUCAUUUACCGUUUCUUAACUACAUUCACUGAACCACUGUACCCAGCUGCCAUGAUAAGCAGUGGGACGUCUAUUACUUUGAAACAACACCCUGAAUAGAGGCCAAAAAGAGGAGGGGAGGGAAUCCCAUCUUAAAAGCUCAGAGAACUUUUACAGUUGCCGAUAAAAUUAACUUUUAUUUCAUGAA